AUGCCUAAGUCAAAAAAAUCAAAAAUAAUUUCUCUAACAAGAACGGAUAAAAAAGGUCAAGAACACAAGAAAAAGUUAUUUGAAGAUAUAAGAAAUUGUAUUGACAAAUAUGAAUAUAUAUGGGUUUUUUCUGUUGAAAAUAUGAAAAAUGUUCAUUUUAAAGAAGUCCGAAGAGAGUGGAAAUGUAGUAGAUUUUUUGUAGGACGUUUGAGGAUAAUAGCAAAAUCAUUGGGAAUUACAAAAGAUGAAGAAUACCGAGAAAAUUUAAAUGAACUUGCAAAGCAGCUACUUCACGGGAAUGUAGGUGUAUUGUUUACUUCUGAAUCCGUACCAACAGUGGUUGAUUUUUUUUCAAAAUUCAGUCGAAUGGAUUUUGCUCGUUCUGGAUUUAUAUCUCCUCUUACUUUUAUUGUGCCCUCUGGCACUGUUUAUUCCAGAGGAGGACAAAUUCCAGAAGAGAGUGACACUCCCUUACCUCAUACAUUAGAACCUAUUCUUAGAAAUUUGGGCAUGCCAACACUUUUAAAAAAUGGACAGAUUACUUUAUUUAAUGAAUACACCAUUUGUAAAAAAGGUGAUGUUUUAGAUAAUCGGCAAACAAAACUUCUUAAAAUAUUUGGGAUAAUAACUUCGGAAUUCAAAAUUAGACUUAAAGGAUAUUGGUCAUCUUUUAAUAAUGAAGUAAAGCUUAUGGAAGAUCAUGUCAGUGAACUUUAA